AUGGCUGACGAAGGGAAGAGAACCAGCAAGAGCGACCGUUCCUCGCUGGAGCCGCGUGGGGAGGCGAAGCCGUGGGUGAGGGCAGUGCAAGGCCAGCCGCGGCAACCUCAAUGGACGGAGAAUAGGAUCUCCAAUGAGGAGCUGGAGGAGCUCCGGCUGUUCUUCACGAAGGUGCUAGAAUUUCCGGAGGAUGAGAUGGCUGCGGCGUGGAAGCAGUGGGAGGAGAUCUCAGUUCUGGUGCGUAGUGUUGGCCGGCGGGUGCCGUCGGCAUGGAUGGCCCCGGAGUUUCGGGAUCGUCGCAAGCUACAGUAUGAGCCGGAAGCUGUUGCCCUGUCCGAAGACCAUCACCUGAUCCGGUUCCAAUCGGCGGCCGACUGCGAAGGUGUUCUCCUUGGAGGCCCGUGGUUCGUCGCCGAUCAGUUACUGGCGGUUGAACCUUGGGUUCCAGGAUUUGUUCCGGGGGUGAAGCAGGUAAGGAGGGUUGUUGUUUGGCUUAGACUGCCGGGACUUCCUAUGGAGUUCUGGAGCCCCGGAAUGCGGAGGGCUAUUGUGGCGGAGGCGGGGAAACCGGUGGCGGUGGACGAGUUCACCAACAAUCACCGGAAGGCAGGCUUUGCCAAAUUCCGGGUGGAGCUUGAUGCGGGGGAACCACUGAAACCGGGGGUUUUAAUCCGCAGCGACCGGGGGUCUUUUGCCAAGCGUUUGCAUGCAAAAAUAUCCGGCCAUUUACUACUGGUGUGGCCACAUGGGGCAUGUGGACGAGGGCUGUGUCUUCCCGUCAGAGAUGAAGAAGGAUGGGGGCCGGGCGCUGCUACCUGA